CAUGUCCUCCAACGGGUCGCUCAAGUCCGUGGACUAUGAAGUGUUCGGCAACGUGCAGGGAGUUUGCUUCAGAAUGUACACAGAAGGAGAAGCAAAGAAACUAGGAGUGGUUGGCUGGGUGAAGAACACCAGCAAAGGCACUGUGACAGGCCAAGUCCAAGGCCCUGAGGAGAAAGUCAAUUCCAUGAAGUCCUGGUUGAGCAAGGUGGGAAGUCCUAGUUCUCGCAUCGACCGCACCGCCUUUUCCAACGAGAAGGCCAUCGCUAAGCUGGAAUACACGAGCUUCAGUGUUCGAUACUAACAGCAAAAAAGUAGACAUUGUAGUGCUUCCAUGAUGCACAUAUUCUUACAUGUGUGAAUACUAGCAUUAACAUCAAGUAGUGUUAAAAGGGUAAGUUUAUUCUGAAAGCUUCAUUAUUAUUCAUGUUAAUAAAAGUAUCUGACACUGAAAUAA